AUGGAUAGCAAUCCUUCUGUUCCUCGAUUUGAUAAUAUCCUUGAUGGUUCGAAGUAUUUAGAGGAUUUUAAGGAGAAUAUUGAUUUUUUGUUUAAAAGUUAUAGUUAUUUGAAGUCUACCAUCGAUCAUGUGAUCAAUCAAGUUUGGAAUCAGUUCCCAAACAACAAAGAGAUUUUGGAGUAUGCUGAUAAAAGAAAUGUUGAAUUUAACCAACUUCAUCAAAAUAUUGAAUUGUCUUGUGAUCCAGAAUUAAAAGAAGUUCAACUUGAUCAAUUGUCGCUGACAUAUUUUUUGGAUCAUCCUAGGGUUCAAGAACAGUCGGAGGUGUUAACAAAUACAAAUGAACUUUUAGAAGAUCAUAGUAUUGAGCCAAGCAAAAUAUUGAGUCAUCCAAUUGUUUCAAAUCAGGUCAAGUUGUUCGAUUCAAACAUGUAG